AAAGGAACCCGGGCUGUCUGGGUCUGUAGAGGGCGGGUAAGUUCCUGUGGGGACCCACGUCGCGCGGGGCUCCGAGUGAGAAGUCUGCACGCUGCAGUAGUGUCCUGAGCGGAGGCCAGCAGUGAUCACAAGGCCAGAGUCGGAGGGAUUCUUCUGGAACGGCCGAGUCCGUGGGGCAAGGGCCGCGCCUGACCUCCGGGGGCCGCAGAUGGCACCUGUCAAAAGGAAAUAGAUCAUGGCAGCAGAUGAUGACAAUGGUGACGGAGCGAGUCUAUUUGAUGUCCUUUCUGCUUCUCCUCUGAAAAAUAAUGAUGAAGGCUCAUUGGACAUAUAUGCUGGACUGGACAGUGCUAUUUCUGAUAGUACCUCUAAAUCCAGUGUGUCAUUCAGAAAUUGUUUGGACUUAUAUGAAGAGAUCCUGACUGAAGAAGGAACUGCAAAGGAGGCAACAUAUAAUGAUUUGCAGGUAGAAUAUGGAAAAUGUCAGCUGCAAAUGAAAGAGUUGAUGAAGAAGUUUAAGGAAAUACAGACACAGAAUUUCAGCUUAAAAAAUGAAAACCAGUCUCUUAAGAAGAAUAUUUCAGCACUUAUCAAAACUGCUAGAGUGGAAAUAAACCGAAAGGAUGAAGAAAUAAAUAAUCUUCACCAAAGAUUAUCCGAGUUUCCACAUUUUCGAAAUAAUCAUAAAGUCUCAAGGCCAUCAGAUGCAGUUAGAACAAAAGAUCUCAGAUCCAGAACUCCCCAUCUGGAUGAUUGUUCCAUGUCUGAAAACAAAGUUAAAAGUGAUGUUCCUAAAGAUAUACAUCAUAACACUUUACUGCCAAACGUGGAAAAGGAAGGAAAACCACAUUCUGAAACACGGAAUGCUUUGCAUUUGCCUACACCUACUGAGAAACAUUGUAUCUUCAAUGGUGUUUGUUCACGUUCUGAUCAAGUUAAUGAAAGUAUCUCAAAUGAAGAUAGUAAAAGAGGGAGGAAAGGUAUUUUACACAGCCCAUAUAGCAGAGGAACGGACAGAACACCGAAAGACUUAGGUAACAACUGUGGUAAUGGUGACCCAAGGAACACUGAAGCUAGUCCAAGGCUACAGAGACGUCCUGAGAAACAUGGUCCUGCGGAGCCAAAGGCUGAAAGCAAAAAUUCAAAGUCUAGAAGCAGCACAGAUUCAGAUUAUAAAAGUGAACGUAGUUCUUCCUGGGAGAAAGAGACUUCUAGAGAAAAAUCACAUACUCGAGUUGAAUCUGAUAAUGACAAAAACCUGGAGAGAGAAAGUGGACGAUCACAAAAUAUGAGUAGAAAAGAACUUCAGUCACAGAACAAAGAAGAAAGAAAAGGUGAUCCAAAACAUAAAUUGCUAGUAAAGGACCAAGAUCACUGGAGACAGCCUGACCGAACAGUGCUUCCCCAUUCUAAGAAUGAAGUAAAAUCUCAUAAUUCCAGUAAAUAUUACCCAGAAGAGAGAAGAGGAAGAGAAGAUUGUAAAAGAGAGAAAAGUAUAAGUAGUCAUGGUUCUCAAAAUGGAAGGUAUUCAUCCUCUUCAAGCCGAACUUACAAGCAUCCAUCCUACAAAGAAGUGGAUGCUCUGCACUUUUCCAACACACCAUUCAAGCCAGAAAGGCAUAGAACUGAAGAUAAGAGGAAAAGAGAAGAAGAAAAAAGGAGAAAGAACAAGGAAGAAAAUAGGCAUAAGAAAAAUGAUAAAAAAUCACCUACAGACCAUUUGCCAAAGACUUACAAAGAAAUUAAGAAACCCACUACCGAUUUAAAGAGACAGAAAGAGCCAAAAAGCGAUAAAGGUGAAGUCUCUAAUAAUGUUUUUAAAGGCACAGAAACUAAGGAGCUUUCAACAAGACCUGUGGAUGCUCCAAAUGAAACAAAAAGCAAAGACCUAAAGUUGAGUUUUAUGGAAAAAUUGAAUUUAACUCUGUCACCUGCUAAAAAGCAGCCUAUGUCUCAGGAUAAUCAGCAUGAAAUUACUGAUGUCCCUAAGUCCAGUGGCAAAUGUGAUUUAGGGUCCUCCUUGACAUUUGUUCCCUCUGUCAAUAAAGCUGUCUCAGAGGAAACCAACUCAAAGCUUCUGGAAUCAAAGGUUGUUCUUCCAGAAGCCUCUGAACUGAGGAUCAGUGUUCCAGAAAGCCAAGUAGAAGAGGAAAAUAGUUCAUUAGUUAAGACUGUUGAGAACACUUUGCCUUGUGAAAUACCCAUUUGUGAUACAAAGACUUCUUUCUCAACACCUACAGAAGCAAAGCAAGGAGAAUCCUUGUUCAUGUCAUCAAUGGAAAUGGGAGAGACCGUGGAUGGUGCCGGGGCAGCAGCUUCUGCAGUAACAGAUGUAAAACAAACCGAUACUUUUCAAAACUGUGGUCCAGAAUUGGACAGGGAAAGACAGGAUGGCUUGAAUGUCUGUGGUAUUUCUGAAAGUUUGGACAUGAACAUGUCUAUUUCAACAAAAGUGGCUGAAACCAGUGAAAAUCUUCAGAUGCCUCCAGUUGAAGCACUUAACAGUGUGCCAGUAAACCUUUCAGAAGCCAGUAAGCCCAAAUUUGAGCCUUCUCCUGUAGGUACCGUGGUUGAGACUAAGUCUUGUCAGUUAGAGCCUUGCUUACCAACAGAGGCUCUACCAUCACCACAGCAGACUGGGUUAAUGGACCACAGAAUAGAAAUUGAAGACAUAAACUCGGUAUAUCAUGACGAUGAGAACUCAGUUUUGAGCAUCGACUUAAGUCACCUGAGACCCAUCCCAGAAAUUAUCAGUCCUCUGAAUAGUCCAGUGAGACCUGUUGCUAAACUUCUUAGAAUGGAAAGUCCAUCUCAUAUUCCAUUGUAUAAUAAUAGUCAUAAAGAUGUGUUUCCAUCAAAUUCAGACCAUUCUACCUCCAAGACUCCGCCUGGUCUCAAUAAGGAGAAUCAAAAGCCAACUCACAAAUCUGACAAAUGUACAGAAGUAGAUUCCUGUAAGAAGUCAGUUUUAGAUGAAUUGGAAGAAGGAGAAAUUAGAAGUGACAGUGAAGAAUCUAUACCACAAAAACAUUUUGAAAUAUGUGCCAAACCUAGAGCUUCUGUUGAAUUUCAGAACACUAAUACUAGUCCAGAAGGAAAGAAGAGUACUGUUCAUGUAUAUAAAGACCACUGGAAAACAUCUGUAAAACCUCACCAGAACAAUAGCAAAUGGAAUAAAAGACAAAAUGAACCCAGCAGACCUUCAAAAUCAAAGAGGAAGGAUAAAACAAUGAGCAUUUCCAGCUUGGAAAAAAUAAUUCCAAUUAUUACUGUACCUUCUUCUGUUUGGGAGAUUAUGCAUAUGUUACGAAUGAUAGGAAAACAUGUAAGGAAAAGUUACAUGAAAUUCAAGGUAAAAUUUUCAUUGAUACAGUUUCAAAGGAUUAUUGAGUCAGCAGCUUUGAGGUUUACAUCAUUAAUUAAAUACCUCGAUUUUUCUAAGAUCUCUAAAUCAGUGACUACAUUACAGAAGAAUCUCUGUGAUGUUAUAGAAUCUAACCUUAAACAAGUUAAGAAGAAUGGCAUAGUUGAUCGUUUAUUUGAACAGCAACUACCAGAUAUGAAAAAGAAACUGUGGAAGUUUGUAGAUGAACAACUUGAUUAUUUGUUUGAAAAGCUUAAGAAAAUUUUAGUAAAGUUUUGUGAUUCCAUAAACUUUGGGAGUGACAGUAAUGGAGGAAAGCUUGCUAAAAAGUGUAAAGAGAGAACACAAUAUUCAUAUUGUCAGAAGAGGAAUAAGGACAAUUUCAACAAAGAAAUUCAAAGGGAAAAAUGGUCAAAAUCAGAACACUCUGUGAAUUUCAAGUCUUCACUGGAGUGUAGAAAGUCUGAAGAAAAACAUCCAACCCAAAAUAACACCACCACUGACACAGUGGUGCCUGACAGUAAAAGAAAUGUUAACUCCUGCUUUGAAAGCAUAAAGAACUCUGAAUCUGAAGAGCACCCUUUGGAACUAAACUGUCCUAGCACUCCCAAGCCAACCAAAAAUGAAAGCAACACCAUUGAGGAUACACCAGUAUCUCAGCACACAGUGUUGAAGCCCGAACGUAGUUUUGAGAUCCUUACUGAGCAGCAAGCAUCUAGCCUCACUUUUAAUUUGGUGAGUGAUGCACAGAUGGGUGAAAUAUUUAAAAGUUUGUUACAAGGUUCUGAUCUUUUGGAUAACAGUGUCAACUGUAUUGAAAAAACAGAGUGGGAAUUAAAGACUCCAGAGAAACAGUUGCUGGAGAGUCUUAAGUGUGAAUCUAUUCCAGCUUGUACAACAGAAGAGCUUGUUUCCGGAGUGGCUUCUCCAUGUCCAAAAAUGAUUGGUGAUGACAAUUGGUCAUUAUCAUCUGAAAAAGGUCCUUCUUUGUCUUCAGGGCUUUCGUUGCCAGUGCAUCCUGAUGUGUUAGAUGAAAGUUGUAUGUUUGAAGUGUCUGCUAACAUGGGUUUGGCUAAAGAUAAUGUAUGUAAUUCAGAAAAGAGCAAACCCUACAUUUCUUCUAUACUCUUUGAAGAUCUUGCAGUCUCUUUAACUGUACCAUCACCACUGAAAUCAGAUGGUCACCUGAGCUUCUUAAAACCUGAAGUUUUGUCCAAUUCUACUCCUGAAGAAGUUAUUAGUGCACAUUUUAGUGAAGAUGCCUUACUUGAAGAAGAGGAUGCCUCUGAGCAAGACAUUCAUUUAGCUCUGGAGUCUGACAACUCAAGCAGUAAGUCAAGUUGUUCUUCAUCGUGGACAAGCCGAUCUGUUGCUCCAGGCUUUCAGUACCACCCUAAUCUACCCAUGCAUGCUGUCAUAAUGGAAAAGUCCAAUGAUCAUUUCAUUGUGAAAAUACGACGUGCAGCACCAUCUACUUCUCCUGGUCUUGAACACGGUAUGGUUGCGAAUGGGUCAUUUACAUCUUUGCCCCAAGUUGGAAGGGAAGCUGAUGAAGUAGCAGAGAAAGAAUAUGUUUCAUGCCAAAGCACAGUUUUGAAAUCUGUGGAGGAAUUGGAAAAUUCUGACACAAAUGUUGGUAGCAACAAAUCAACUCAUGAGCAGAACUCUAUGAUGCAAACUGAGGCUCCACAUAUAUAUGAAUUUCUUAAAGAUGCUUCAGGUAAAGAGGGUCACAGUGAUAAAGUGGCUGAUGAUUGUUUCAAGUUGCAUCAAGUAUGGGAGCCAAGAGUUCCCGAAAGCCUUGAAGAAUUGCCUUCAAUGGAAAAAAUCCCACACCCUAUUGAGGACUCAUACAUAGACCUAACAAAAGAUCCAGCAUCUGAGACCAAAAGUUUGGGAGAAUUUGUAGAAGUAGCAGUUUUAAAUAUUGAUCAGUUGGGUUGUUCUGGAAGCAAAUUACAUCAAAGCACUCAAAUAUUAGGUAAUUCUUUACAGUCUGAUACUAUAAAUGAUUUUAUUGAUUUGACACAAGAUGCUUCAAAUGACAGUAAAAAUGAAGGUAAUGACACCACAUUAGCUGCUGAAGGCUUAGAGUGUCAGGUGAUAUGUGUGGAUGAGGAUAACUGUAAGGAAGAAAAGAUGCAAAUGAAAAACAAGCCUGUGGGAUGCACUGUUGAGGAAACUUGUAUCGAUUUGACCCCAGAGUCUGAUUCAUGUGAAGUAAAUAAAGAUGAUUUAAAACUGGAUUCAUGUGAAGUACAUAAGGAUGAUUUAAAAUUGAUGCUACCAACAAAUUCUGAUAGUUUGGAGUUGCCUGAGACUUUGGAUAAUGCUUUAAAAAAAAGGAAAAACUGUUUUGAUGUAAAUCAUUCUCAGAAAAAACAAAAGAAGGAAAGAGACUUAACUAAUGGAGAAAAGUCUAAGAAACUUAGCCAAGACUGUGAUAAAGAUGAUAAUGCUCAAAAAAAGAAAACCAGUAAGAAAAGGACUCCAACAUUGAAUAAAGAUCUCUCAUCAAGCCCAGAGAUUAAUGAUUCAUCAGCAUCUCUUGCCACUUUGCCUACAAGCCUUUCUGCAAAAAAUGUUAUUAAAAAGAAGGGAGAAAUUAUAGUUUCAUGGACAAGAAAUGAUGACCGGGAAAUUUUACUAGAGUGUCAGAAAAGAAUGCCGUCACUGAAGACCUUUACAUAUUUGGCAGUCAAGUUGAAUAAAAAUCCAAAUCAGGUUUCAGAGAGAUUCCAGCAGCUAAAGAAACUCUUUGAGAAGUCAAAAUGCAGAUAAGUUGCUGAAUUCCUUGGAGUUUUCAUUGGUACUUCAUACUACACAGAAACUGGAUUCCUCGUGUUUUAAAUGGGGAACUAAUGGAGAUUUUGUCUCAUUUUUUUUUAUUAGAAGAUGAUAAUCUAUAUUUUUUAUUGCUUCCAGACCUUCUAAUAUCAGCUCAGCAUGUUCAGCCUGUUACAGUUAUGGGUCUGAUUUUCUUACUUGUUCUUGGUCAAAGUAUUUAUUUUUAAACAUAUUAGAAGUUGUAACUGAGAUGAAGACAACAAUAAUGUAAUAUUGAACCCUUUUGAUAUUUCAAUGAAAUGACUUCUACAUUUUUAAAAAAGUUUUGUAGGAUUUUAAACUUCUCUUUAGUUCAAGUUUUCAUCAUUUUUUAGUUUUUAUAGUUGCAUCUUUUUUUGGUAAACUGAAAAUAAUUUAAAUAGUCUACCUGUAAAUAUGUAUAAUUGUAAUGAUGUAAAAUUUUGAGUGUAUGUGCCUGUAUGUAUGCACAUAUGUAUAUGGCUUUGCCUAGACAACGAUUUUUUUUAAUCUGUAUAUAACAUUUUGUACAAAGUUUGUUUUCAGUAACACUAAUGUAUAAUAAAAACAUGUAAAGUUC